AUGGCGGUGGUGCCGCCCGACGCUGCCGCAGCAAGACCUCCGGGCGCGGCUGAGCAGCAGCGGCGACGCCAGGACGGCCGCCCCGCAUCGCUCGACCCAGAGCUGGAGGCGGCGCUGCGCCGCGAGCGCGCACGAGAGUAUGGGCGUGGUGUGCGGCAAAGCCUGGCGGCCUGGCACCAGCGCUUCUCGGCCAAGCGGCAAGAGCAGCUGGCGGCGCAGCGGGAGCAGUGGGAGGCGGAGCGCACGGCCCGCUUGGCACGCCUUGCUGAGAAGCAGCAACAGCAGCUGCUGCAGCUGCGGCGCGUCACACCCAGGCGAGGCAUCCCGCGCCUGCCCCUCGGCACAGCUGCCAGCGGCGACGCCGAACGCGCCAUGCCUGCAGCCCUGCCGCAUGCAGUUCAGCAGCUGGACACCCAGCUGGCAGUGCCCAGCAGCAGCCGGGUCUCGGCCCCAGCCCAGCACCCGCAGCAGCAGCCAGGACCUGGCCCCAACAGCCCACCCAGCAGCAGCCCAGGCGCUGCAUCGCGGCUGCCGCGGCCCCACCAGGCGGCCGGAAUGGAAGGGGUUGGUUGUGAAACUCCAGCUGCAUCAGGAACAGACACGCCUGCAGCUGCUGAUGUGCUGCCAGACCCGCUGGUGGGCCUGCUUGCCGAGCUGCUGGCAGCGGAGGGCCCUGGCGACCGUUUCAGCAUCAUCAACCUGUUCAUAGAGGAGCAGCUGCACCUGCCGGAAGCAGCAGACGCAGCGGCGAGUGCACGCCAGCCUGGGCUGGGAAGAAGAGGCGCGUUAGCGGCUGCCGAACCCAAGGCGGGCCGCAAGCCGCCGCUUGGCAUCCCGCAGCCUGCACGCCCGCCCCGCGAGCCAGCGGAUGAAGCAGGGGCAGGGCAGCAGCUGGGCCAGCAGGCAGCGGCUGAGCGGGCCUAUGCAGCGGCUGACGUAGAGAAUGUGCCAGCCAAUGUGCGGCACCGGCGCACCAACAGCGUGCUGCUGCCGCACUUUGACGCUGCUGCUGCCGAGGAUCAGGAGCAUGCACCCUCCCAUGCCGGCACUGCCAGCGCAGAGAUUGACCAGCGGCAAAGCAUCAUCUCUGCGGCACCAGUGCAGCAGCAGCAGCAGCAGCAGCAGCAGCAGCAGCAGCUAACAAGUUCGCGGCAACCGACCGAGCCGCAGCACCCGCCACAGGAGGCCAAGGCGCCAGCAUUGCCUGCGGCAGCAGGCAGUCCGCUGGCGCAGCCUCUGCACCAGCAGCAGGCCUACAGCUUGCUGGGCAAGCACCUCUACGUGCACCAGUGGCUGCAGGCUUCGGCGGCUGACCCGGCGGCAGCUGGCUCGCCGCCUGCCAGCAGCAUAGCGUACUCAGCAGAUGCAGACCACCGGCCUACAGCUGAGGUGGACACGCUUUCCAGCCGGCAGUCCUCAGCUGCACACACCGUGCAGCCCAUGUCUCCGGCAGCUGCUGCGGGGCUUGGUGCAGGGGUGGGCAGCGCUGCAGCAAUGCUGCAGGAACAGCCGCAGCUGGUCCCAGCCGCCGACAUUGCUGUUGCCCCAUUGGCGCUGCCCGUGGCGACCACUGCUGCACCUGCCCCGGCUGCCCCCACCACUGUAGCUGCCCUACAUGCCUCCACGGCAGUCCCAGCCGUGCCCAGCAUUAUCUCCAGCACCAGCAAGACCGUCUCUGUCGUGACCAGCAUCCGGCGGCCAGGGGCGCCGCUGCCCCCGGGCAGCAGCUCGCAGCCGCCAGAUGGCAGCACCACGCUGUCUGGCAGCCUGGACUUUGGCGCUGCAGCACUGCAUCAGCCAGGUGGAUGUACGCCGCUGCCAGUGGCGCAGGCCGAGACCAAGAUGCAGCAGGAGGGGCGGCGUUUGGAGCCAGAUGCAGAAGAGAAGCAGCAACCAGAAGAUCAGCAGGUGCUGGACGAUGAACACAAUAAAUGCCUACCAGGCGCAGAGCCACAGUCUGUUACUGCGUCUGGAAGCGAGGGAUCGGAUGCUGCAGGCAGCGCGGGCCACAGCAGCGAUGCACAUGAGGCCCUGGUUGAUGUGGACCUGCCGGCACUGCCGGAAGCACCAGCAAGCACCAGCCGCAGCUUCGACAGUUCAUCUCCUCUAAGCAGCACCGGCACCAGUGCAAAUGGCUCCGCUGCAUCAGAUGAGAUGCCGGCCCGGCCAGCAGCCGCAGCGGCCGCUGCUCAGGCGGAGCAGCCUGCAGCUUCUGUGGUGGCGUCUGCUGAUGCUGCAGCCCGCGGCUCAGAGCAGAGCGAGGGCGCAGCGGAGCAGAGCGUGGACAGCUACUCUGCUGACUCUGACUUUGAAGGCAGCCAUGUGGAGAUCAGCUACGGAGAUCAGUAUGGCAGCCUGCCGUCAAGCCGCCGACACUCCUCGGCAGCCAGCCAGCAGCCGGGCCUUGCAGCAGCAGCUGCUGCUGCAUCGUCAGGGAGCGAGCCUGCGUCCCACACCCAGCAAGCAGGGGAGCAGGCAGCAAGUGGGGAAGCUGUGCUUGCUGCUGCCGCCAGCCCGAGCCCACCACCUUCAGAGACGCGUGCGGGCCUGACGGGCAGCAGCCCACGGCCCUCCAUCUCCCACUCGCAGCCGGAGCAGACGCCUCGGCAGCAGCUGCAGCGCCCCAGGAGCCCGCUGCAUGCGAUGGAUGAUCGCUACCCAGGCAGCCGGCCCACCUCAGCCGGCGAGCUGCUUGCCAGCGGUUCCUCCCUGCAGCGGCUGGGCUCGGGUGGCAGCAGGCCGCUGUCGCCCGCCUCCCAGCCCAGCAGCCGGCGCGCCACAGGCGACGGCAGCUGCAGCCGCCCGGGAUCACCUGCUGGAGCGGGGCCAGCAGCUGCCCGGCUCACCUCUGCAGCAGAGGCUGCUGGGCGUGUGUCGCAGCAGGAGGCCUCUGAGCAGCUAAGCUCAGCCAGCAGCCCAAGGGAGAGCAGCAGCGCAAGCGACAGCCCGUAUGCCCUGCUGCGCUUUGGCACAGAGCCUGAGGAAGGCGCUGCUGGCAACGCCGAGGCUGCGCCAGGCGCCCCUGGCAGCCCAGACAUCGAUGCGCCGGCAGAGGCGGCCGGGAGCCCGCCGGGCACCCCGGUGCUCCUCUCGCCUGCCGACGCCGACGCCGCCUCCUGCCCCGGCUCGGCCCGCGUGGAGGAUGCCACCGUGGUUCAGACAGAGGAGCACGUGCGCGGGUAUCUUGGGGAGGUGCUGGAGUAUUUUUGGGAGCAGCGGGCCGAGGCGUUUGCCGCGGGGCAGGCGCAGCCGCUGGAGCUGGAGGGCUACCUGGCCAUCGAGCGGCGACGACCCGCCUGCGGCGACCCGCAGCACAUCUUCAACAAGCUGCUGUUCGACGCCGCCAACGAGGCCUUUGUGGUGCACUACAGCCAGGCCCUCGAAUCGUACACUGGCCGCCUGGCGCCGCGCCUGGCGCUGCUGAGCCGGGAGCGGGUGGAGCAGAGCGUGGUGCUGCGGGUGCUGCGCUGGGCGGGCCUGGGCGGCGGCGGCGGCGGUGGCGGCGAGGCUGGGCUGGGUGCCUUGCUUGCAGAGGAUGCAGCGGAGGAGGAACGCGUGCUGGCCCAGCUGACGAGCGCGAUGCACGCCGACCUGGCGGCGGCGGCGGCAGCAGGGGCAGCGCCGCCAGCCGUGCCCCGGCCGGAUGCGCCGGCGGCAGGGGAGGUGCCUGGGGUGGCGGCGGGAGGGUGA